AUGACUGGUCGAGGAAAAGGAGGGAAAGGACUGGGUAAAGGAGGCGCGAAGAGACACAGGAAAGUAUUGAGAGACAACAUCCAAGGGAUAACGAAGCCGGCGAUCAGGAGACUGGCUCGGAGAGGAGGAGUCAAGAGGAUAUCAGGCUUGAUCUACGAGGAGACGAGAGGAGUGCUGAAGAUAUUCCUGGAGAACGUGAUCAGGGACGCUGUGACGUACACGGAGCACGCCAAGAGGAAGACUGUCACCGCCAUGGACGUGGUGUACGCGCUCAAGAGACAGGGACGAACGUUGUACGGCUUCGGAGGAUGA